AUGGUCUUCUUCAAGCGCCUUUCGAGAAGUCGCAGUAACAGCCAGUCCUACGUAGACAGCUACGAUUCGCGACACGAUUCGAAACAGUCCUACGACGCCGGCGACCCGACUGCUGUCCACAAGUACAACUCUCCCACCGACCUCGACGCCCCGGACCACGACCAGGGCGUACCGGUCUCCCGUCAGAGUAACACCGCGCCCCAGCUCGCCGACCCGCUGGCCAAGGAGACGGGCGAGAUCAGCAUGUACGCGAGACGUGAUCGUCCCACGGAGAUCGCUACCCAGGAUCGCUACCACGGGAAUCAGUACAGUUCGCCGCCUUCUGCUGGCAGUGGGCGAGUGAUGAGCAACGGAUUCGGAGGCUCCGGGAGUGGAGCGGGCGGAUUCGGCAGUGAGCCGACUUCUGCGACCAAGCAUGAGCCCGCGCCGGAUUUGCUUCUGGCGGCUUUCAAUCAGGCGGUACGACCGUACAGCGACAAGAUUGAGGGAUUGGAGGGCGAGAUCGCGGACUUGAAAGCGUACAUCGAUGCGCUGGAGAGGCAGCGGACGGAGGUACAUGCGUGGAUUGACAAGAGAGGAUUGCGGCCUGGUGAGUACAGAGGGAAGCACAGAAGCAUUGGAGAGUUUGUACUAAUCGCGCUGCUUAGAUGUUCCGCCCAACAUUGCUCAGAUCAUGGACUCCGCUUCCCAUGCUUCAUCGCCUACUCACGCAGCUGCAACACUGAACGCACAGCUCGACCGCAAGAUCACCAUCGUCAACUUCGACCUACACCGGUUACAAGACGAUCUCAACGACUCGCUGCCCACGCCAUCAUUCUCCGCGUGCAUGCUCAAGUUCCUCCCGGACAUCACGCGACUCACGUCUCUUCCCAGCGGCCCACGCUACGCCUUCGACCUGCUCCUCAAGCUCGGCGGAAACCUCAAUUCCCACGGUGGCCUCGAAAACGGCGACGAAGAAGACCUUCGCGAGCGCCGCGCUUUCUACAGCAGGUUAGAUGAAGCCAUGGUGGAUGUCAUCAAGGGCCGAUUCAGAGAAGAGGGAGACAGCUGGGGCGUGCAACGUGAGAUCAAGCGCAUUGAGAAGACGGGCGCAUACCUCCGCAACUGGGGCGUGGAGCCGUACUUCCCGAACACGCUGGAGGUCAUGCGCGAGGGCAACGGACAUGGCCAGGCGAUCCCAGGGGGUGCGCCAGAGUACUCCUAG